CGACAACCUUCGACAGUGUUGAAAACGUACCGGUUACGUCGCUUUACAUUGUCUUCAAUCAUCAUCCGAUAGAAAAAAAGUCCUACCUCGCAAGUUCGCAAGCUUAAAAACCCCAUCUACAAACAUCACAUCAACACAUCAACACAUCAACAUGCAGUUCACUUUCUCCACCAUCGCCGCUGUGGCCGCCCUCAUCGGCUCGUCCGCCGCCCACAUGAUCAUGGCCGACCCCCCGCAGUGGGUUGUUCCCGGAGAGUCCCUCGGUCCUCUCGACCCCUCCGGAUCCGACUUCCCCUGCGCGAACGGUGUUGCCGUUACCACCGCCUCCCGCACCUACACCGCCGGCGAAUCCGCGAUCCUCCAGGUCCAGGGCUCCGCCGUCCACGGUGGUGGUUCCGGUCAGAUGCUCAUCACCUACGACAUGCCUCCCACCGCGAGCAGUGUCUGGCGAGUGAUGGUCUCGUUCGAGGGUGACCACCCCGUCAAGGCCGACGGCAACCUCCCCGCCGACCCCUACCUCCUGCACGCACCCAUCUCGUACACGAUCCCCGAGGGCCUCCCCUCAGGAACCGCCGUCGUCGCCUGGUCGUGGUUCAACAGGGUCGGAAACCGUGAGAUGUACAUGAAGUGUGCCACCGUCGCCAUCGAGGGCAAGACGGCGUCCGUUUCCAACCUCAGCGACGACCCCGCCAUGCUCGCUCUCCCCACCUUCUUCCGUGCCAACAGCGGCAACGGCUGCACCGUCCCCGAGGGCAUCGACGCCAUCGCCUUCAAGUACCCCGGCACCCAGGUCGACCGCAAGGGCGGCUACACCGCCAUUGCCGUCGACUGCGACGACUCCCAGCCCGGCACCGGCUCCGGCGACGAGACCCCCGCACCCACCACCACCGCCGACGUUCCCGAUGCCACCAGCACCGACGAGCCCACCCCCACCGACGAGGCGCCCGAGACCUCGGCGACCGCCUACCCCACUGAUCCCGCCGGAGGCGACGAGGAGUCCGGCGGCGACGAGGAGGCCGAGCCCGUUCCCACGUCGACUGCCGCGCCCACCGUCACCAACCCUUCUCCCACCACCACCGGCUCGCCCACCUUCCCGCAGCCCACUGCCACCGGCUCGCCCACCUCCCCGCAGCCCACUGCCACCGGCUCGCCCGACUCCGGCACCUGCGUCGAGGGCGCCGUCUACUGCCACGACGACCGCACCUGGUCCAUGUGCGGAUCCGGCCGCAUCCAGCUGAUCGGCCAAGUCCCCGCGGGCAUGAAGUGCGUCGACGGUAUCUUCUCGGCCGACAAGAAGCGGUCCAUCCGGUUCUCGUCCGAGCACAUGCGCCACCGCCGCCACUAGAUCAUCACUCACUCAGUCGUGAUUGGUUUACGGGUUCGAGUUUCUUUGUACAUCUAGAUUGGGUUUCUUGGGAAAAAG